AUGCCUGGCACCUUGGCACACCAGAUACAACACGCGCACUGCACAAGCACGCCAUCAACUCGACCGACCAACUGGCCAUCCUCCCAUACCGGAUAUCACUCCCCUCAAAGAAUGCUGCAAGCAAUGCUGUUGCUCUCCCACCCAGCAAACGGGUCGCCUUUGUUCCGCCACCGAGCAUGCAUUUGGCCCACAGAUUACAAUCAACGAGCGCCUCACCACCUUGAACCGGAGCGCUUCAAUGAUACCACAGUCUCCACUGCCGAGUCAAAACACUCUUGUUGGUUUCAAUUUCAACUUGCUGCCAAGCCAGGCAAUCUUGCCUUGGGGUUUAUGGGUCGCUUUCCCCAAGUUAGCCGCAUGAGAGCCACUGCCCUAUCUUUCACACCGGACUCUCAACCUUUGACUGCUCUUGCUUUGACUGACUCCAUCCGGGCGGUAGCGCAAGCUUUUGUUCCGUUUUGCCUCAUGAAGAAUCAAGACUCAAAACGGGGUGUCCUCGGGUUGCGCUUUGGUCCCAAGUACCAGACAUGCUACACUAAUGCAAAAUGGUGGAAACGUCGAGCUGAGCCAGCCUUUUAUGGGUCUGGUGUUGUCUUUGAGCACCAGCUUCCAUUGGCAUGUCACCCCGACAGCACUCCAACCAGCCGGGCCUUGCCAACACAAGGAACCUACCUUGCUGUGGCACUCUUCAAGAACACUUCUCGAAAUAAUAUUGAAUCCAAUGAAGGAAUCCGCCAAGCCACCAGGACGGAUCCCUCGGUGAUCAGCCUAGCGCCCAAUCGACACUUGAGCGUUCAUGGCAAGAGCACAACAAACAGUCGAUGUUCAGUCUUGGUCAAAAUGUGCCACCGCAGCGGUGUAUACACUAAGUUACUAUAUCAAAUAGUUAUAAAUUGCGUUGUAUGCGGCCCAAUCCUGCACUGCAAGGAUCGCCAUUCCCACAAUGAUGCUCAGCUACAGUCUGUAGCUAACCCUGUUUGCCUACAGCUACGUACAUAUUCGCUGACAUCUUGCUGUAUAUCCUGCAUACUAUGCGAUGUUGGGUUGUUUUGGUCCGUUCAAAUUUUUGGCUCUAGAAUGCCAGCAGAUGUUGCGUCAAAGAGUCCAACCUCCUACAUACCCACGAAGACAGGUUGGGCUAUUGGGCUGUUUGGAUUCGGUAUCUGA